CUUCGCUACUUGUUGAGCCUAGAUACUCACUCAUUCAAAACCUUUGGACAAUCGACAAGUGUGGUAGUCACCUAAACUGUCACAUUGGGAAAACGCAUCUUCAAUAACGAUUUCUUUCUAGGCUACCAAUUGUCCCUCAUUUCGCAACUACAGUCAAAUCCUGAAAUACUACAAUUCGGGCCUUUGAAGAUGGCAAACGCAUCCUCUCAACCCAAGAGGAAAUGUGCUGUGUUAGGUGCAACAGGAUCUGUCGGGCAGAGAUUCAUUCUGCUUCUGGCCGACCACCCCACGCUCCAUCUACAAGCUGUUGGUGCCUCAUCGAGGUCGGCUGGGAAGAAGUACAAAGAUGCUGUCCGGUGGAAGCAGGCAAGACCAAUGUCUGCCGACUUGGCCAGCCUUGUCGUGCGGGAAUGCAAGGCCAGCAAUUUCACCGACUGUGAUCUAGUUUUUUCUGGUCUGGACAGCGAUGUUGCUGGAGACGUUGAAAUGGAAUUUCUCAAAGCCGAAAUCCCGGUCUUUUCCAAUGCGAAGAACUACAGAAGGGAUCCAAUUGUGCCUUUGGUGGUACCUACAGUCAAUAUCUCUCACUUGGGACUUAUCCCUCACCAGCGGAAACACUUCGGGCUCAAGAAGGGGUUUCUGGUCUGCAAUUCUAAUUGUGCCGUUAUUGGCAUAGUCAUUCCUUUUGCGGCUAUACAGGCCAGAUUCGGACCCGUCGAGGACGUCGAGGUCUUUACCGAACAAGCAGUCUCGGGUGCAGGGUAUCCAGGUGUACCAAGUAUGGACAUUUUUGACAAUGUUGUCCCUUAUAUCCAGGGAGAAGAAGACAAACUGGAGACUGAAGCUCAGAAAAUACUGGGGUCCAUGAAUGCAGAUGCGACUGCAUUCGAGGAGCAAUCUGGCCUCACAAUAGGAGCAACAUGCACACGCGUCGGAGUCACAGAUGGCCAUAUGGCUUUCGUAUCAUUGAGGUUCAAGCAGAGACCUCCACCAAGUGCGGAACAAGUCAAGCAAGCCAUGAGAGACUAUGUUGCCGAGGCACAGAAGCUGGGUUGCCCUUCUGCUCCAGAACAGGCAAUCGUUGUCUUCGAUGAGCCGGAUCGACCACAGCCUCGACUUGAUAGGGAUAUCUCGGGUGGUUAUGCCGUCAGCGUAGGGCGAGUACGAGAGGCUGCUAAGGGUUCACACUUCGACAUCAGAUUUGCUUGUCUGAGCCACAACACCGUCAUUGGUGCUGCUGGAUCCUCAAUACUCAAUGCGGAGGCGGCCAUCAUCCAGGGGCUGCUAUAAAGUAGGGGAUGUGGUAGAAAUCUAGAUCCUGAAGUGUAGCAAUACAAUACGUGUUCCUCGC